AUGGAAAAGGGACCAAUCUUGGUUCUAGAUGAAGUGAACGCUAUAAAGAACGAAAAGUCGCGCACGUUUGCGGCACUGAAAGAGCUGAAAAGUCAGUUUGACGCGUGCAUCAUGUUGACCGGGAGCCCUCUCGACAACAAGUGGUCCGACUUCUAUGCACUGUACCACAAGGUUGGGGCGCACGACAUCCAGUCAAAACAAGAGAUGGUGCAGCUACUAGUACACCAAAAGGGUAACCUCUGGAAAGCACCCAGGGCAAAAGGCCUGAUGGCAUUCAUCCAGAUUCUCAACUCCUUCAUGCUGCGACGGCCAGAGACAACGGCGCUUGCACGGCGUGUCCUAUCUACAGUGUUCCCCAAAUACAAGUCGCGCAUAUCGACCGUCGACUUUGGUGCCAUGUAUCGGAACAUGCCGCAGCGAUCGGUUCUUGUGCAGACGGGCAUCUCGCUGAACCGCAGUUCAGAGGCACCAACUACCAUAUGGGACAAAGGACAGCUUCGCGUGCAGGAAGAUGAACAAGUCAAGAACGCUCGGCAGACAUCAGACGCUGUGCGGGCCACUCUCCGAUCCAAGCACGGCAGCUUAACGGUAGCAGCAAGAGCAGGCGAUCCACAAUGGGAAGUGUACCAGACCGCCGAGGCAGAGCGAAAGGCGAUGGUCAUCCACGUCAGUACCAAGAUCUUCAGGACCGAGUACAAGCAGCAUUUUGAGUCACUAGGGUUCACCAAGGCAGCCCUGUCGGAGCUCAACGACGCCAUCACAGAGGUAGACAUAACGUCAGACGUCUCCGAUCUCCCACUCUUCGUAGCAGAAGACGGGGAUAUUGACGCUUACGACGCAGUACUGAACACACGCAACGCAGAAGAGACACCUUCGACAGAAGAGCAGGAAGAGUUGGAAGAUCUUUUUGGUGAUGGCACAGGGCUUGACAAGGAUAUCACGGACAAUAUCCAGAGCGCAGAGGAGCUAGACGCCACCCUCGAUGACUCCAGACAGACAGAUGGCGUUGCACGGUCACUCGCUCGACAACCUCCGCUCCCUCGAAAAAUAUGCUCAGUCCACCAAGGGCCACUCGGCCUACAAUGA